AUGGCUGCAGGGAGGGUCGCAACAUGCGUGCUCGUUUUCUUCCUGUGGCCUCUUGCUGUAUGGCAUGUGCCAGGUGCAGAUUGGACUUUUGUGUCCCCCAUGACAACAGGCAUUUCGAGCAGUCACACCAGGCAGAGCUCCCCAGUGGUGCGGCGAGUGCGGGAGAAGAAGGUGCGAUUCGAAGGCAAGAAGCAAGCGGAAACCCGGCGGGCCCAAGUCCGCCACAAGCAUGGGGCACCCACUUCGGUAUUGCUGGAUCAGUUCCAGAGGGCUUCACGCGAGGGAAAGCUACGUGAAGCUGAGAACAUCUUUCACCUUCUGUGCUUGCCUUCGACAGAGGAGGACUUCAGAGUGGGGCCGCAGGCUAUCAACGGCUUGAUUGCUGCAGCCGCGAGAUGUGGCAAGAUAGACCGAGCAAAGUACUGGUUCGAUCGGCUGUUCGACCUGAAAUUGGAUCCAACUGUUGAAAUAUUUACCAGCCUGAUUACUGCCGGUUCCAAGUAUGGAAACUUACAGUUUGCAGAGGAGUACUUCGAUGUUAUGGCUUACUACCAGAUCGAACCAACCGUGGAAACAUACGGGGCGAUGAUAAAAGCUGCUGCGAACGCCAGGCAACUUCCGUCAGCAGAAAAGUGGUUCUAUGCCGCGCAGGAGGCCGGUCUGCAACCCAACGAGAUCCUCUUCAAAUCAGUCAUGCAGGCGGCAGCUAAAGUUGGGAACGUGAGCCGCGCACAAUGGUGGUUCGAAGCAGGUUGCAAGCAAACCGGUAUGACUCUGGACACAACCUCCUGUACUAUACUGAUAUUUGCAGCAAAGGAAAGCCAUGAUCUUGACAGAGCGGAAUCCUUUUACAAGGAUUUCGUAUCUGUGGGCUUGCAGCCAAAUUUUCAAUUGCUGAGUGCCCUGGUUGCUGCGGCAGCCAAUGCGCAACAGCCACAAAGGGCUUCGCUGUGGCUUGAUGAGAUGAUCUCACUCGGUCUACAACCCAAUCACCAGGCAUAUGCAAGCCUCAUGAAUGCAUGGUUCAAAGCAGCGAAUUGCGACAAGGUGCUGGAGACCUUGGAGAUCAUGAAACGAGCAGGCUUUGAGCUCACAGUCGUUGACUACACUAUGGCGAUCCAAUCCGUUGGCAUGGCCGGGCGACCAGCUGAUGCUGAGCAUCUAUUGCGUGACAUGCUGUUGCAGAAGGUAAACCUCAACGAACGCACACUCAGAACCUUAGCAUCUGCAGUUGGAAGCGCACGCUACCUGCAGCUGCAGCAAGAGCUCAACCUGGAUCUCCACUUGGACAAGACGGUUGACCAGUCUCGCAGACAGAUCGCCAAGAAGUGGACGGACAUUGUACGGCACACAGACGAAGCAGCAGUGAAGGCAAGAAUGAAACGAGGCAGAGGAUGGCAGAGGUAA